UGUGUGUGUGUGUGUGUAUGUAUGUAUGUCCCAAGUCAUGCUGAUAACCUUACCAAUAAGUCAACUUUACUCAUUAUCAAAAAAAGUGUCCUUUGCCACUGCACGUUCAUGAGUGCCAAGAUAUCUGACCCGGCCUCUAAACCAUGCCAGGACCAGCAGAACCCCCGACAGCAGGUCCCCUUAGUCCAGGACCAGCAGAAACCCCGACAGCAGGUCCCCUUAGUCCAGGAGCAGCAGAAACACCAACCCCGACAGCAGGUCCCCUUAGUCCAGGAGCAGCAGAAACACCAACCCCGACAGCAGGUCCACUUAGUCCAGGAGCAGCAGAACCCCCGACAGCAGGUCCCCUUAGUCCAGGAGCAGCAGAACCCCCGACAGCAGGUCCCCUUAGUCCAGGACCAGCAGAAACCCCGACAGCAGGUCCCCUUAGUCCAGGAGCAGCAGAAACACCAACCCCGACAGCAGGUCCACUUAGUCCAGGAGCAGCAGAACCCCCGACAGCAGGUCCCCUUAGUCCAGGAGCAGCAGAACCCCCGACAGCAGGUCCCCUUAGUCCAGGACCAGCAGAACCCCCGACAGCAGGUCCCCUUAGUCCAGGAGCAGCAGAAACACCAACCCAGACAGCAGGUCCCCUUAGUCCAGGACCAGCAGAACCCCGACAGCAGGUCCCCUUAGUCCAGGACCAGCAGAACCCCCGACAGCAGGUCCCCUUAGUCCAGGAGCAGCAGAAACCCCGACAGCAGGUCCACUUAGUCCAGGAGCAGCAGAAACACCAACCCCGACAGCAGGUCCCCUUAGUCCAGGAGCAGCAGAACCCCCGACAGCAGGUCCCCUUAGUCCAGGAGCAGCAGAAACACCAACCCCGACAGCAGGUCCCCUUAGUCCAGGAGCAGCAGAAACACCAACCCCGACAGCAGGUCCACUUAGUCCAGGAGCAGCCAUGGAAACUCCUUCAGUCCUCACUGUAGUUCCACCAAUCUGUUUUACAGCCUCUGCAUACGAUACAUCAUGACUGAUUCUAUAUCUCUGAGCCUCUCUAUGCGCCUCUCUAUGGUAAUACCACCCCCCCACCACCCACCCACACACACACACACACAACCUUCACAUUGCUCCCACAAUCACCAUCCCCUCCACACUUCACACAGAUUUUCUUUCUCUAAAAUUUGAACAGCUACAUGUCCCAUUCAAAACAUCAGUGUGGAUGGGACAAAUUCUCUGACAUUAAAACUAUGAAAUCCUAUCUGUACUUUCCCUGGCACAAUGUUCUCAAACCUCCAGCAGCACUGAUCCCUUCUUUUCCCACUGAUCAACCUUCUGGCCUCCCCAGUAACAUUUUCUUCACUAUCAUCCCAGUGAUGACUCCCCUCCACCUGGUAUACACACCACAGGGACGUGGCCUUUUUAAAUCUUCUUCCCAUUGUCAGAAUCUUCUCUCGCUGAACCUGGCUACAACAAAAUUGUAACAAUCUACCAUUUCCAAAUGAACUGAACUAAAUUUCACUUCACCUACCACUUGCUCUAUGGCAGGUGCUUCUACACCUGCAUUGCUUGCUGUUUUUCGGGUUUAGUCUGGGUUUCUGUACAGCACUUUGUGGCAUCAGGUGAUGUAAGAAGGGCUUUAUAAAUACAUUUGAGUUUGUCAGAUAAGACAGGCCUCAUCAAAACACUUCCACCACUUUCCAUUCCAUCACAUCAUUACUCUUGCUUCCUACCGUAGCCCUCUUCAUGUUUUCGGUAUCAUCAUCUCUUCUUCUUCCUCUGUCUUUCCACUACCGACCAUUCUCGGUCCUUGACCCUCAUCCUCCCGCUCCAUUCCAUCAGAACUGACACCGCGAUUAUUCUCAUUCCAGCACAGCUGUUGCUUCAUCCACUGUUUUCCUUAAUUUCCUCCAUUUCGUCCGCACUACUCGGCGCCAUGUCCGACCCUACCCGGCAUGCAGCAUGUCAGCUGUUAGUCCCGCAGCGGCUGUCGUUUUAAACCUGUUACCAGGAAGACGGAGGAAACCAGGAACUAGAGAUCGUUGCAGCACUAGUUUUCUGCCAGCAGCACAAACCUUGACGCUUGGUAUGUUACUGAGGAAACCUUCAAAA